CUUAGGCAAAAAAGCAAAUCCAUCUUGUUUAUUUGUGCAGGACAAGACAAUCAAUAAAACUGACGUACCUAUAUUAAUCACAUAAAAAAGCAAACACAAAGCUCAUCUAAAAGCAAAGACAAGGCAACGUUUCUCGCUAAACAAGAAGCAAAACAUCACUCAAGCCACCAUGCUGUCUCGGCCGCUGUGCUGUUCACAACCAAACCAUCGCAUCCCGGCUUAAUAUCGAAGACGUCAAGAUGUCGAAUCUUCCGCUUCGGGUAAAGACCUGCACUCGCACGCCUGCGUGGAUUCGCGCUAGCCGCAUGGUAGGGUAGCGUCGCCAAACAAUCUGUGACAACUUGGGGUGCGCUGGGACCUCUUCAGUGCAUAUUUGCUGCCCACCCUGGUUUCGAAGGGCCCAUCGCCGCCUUCAACACCGCUACUACUCGGCCGCUGAUGCACUGACCGGCUUGAAUCGCGCUGCACACACACUGUACUUGGCCUCUGCUUCUGGGCUAGCAACACGGAGCAUGCCCCUGCUCUUGCACCAAGUCGCAGGUUCAGCACCUCACCCCACCCCAGCCAGGCUCAAUCACUCUGACACGAUCCGGGCACCGCUCACUUUCCACCUUCAUGUCAUCCUCCCAGGGCACAGGCCAAGGAUCCACCGCCCGAGGCAGCGUGAUGGCAGAGCUUGGCCUGGCCCAGGCGUCGGGAUGCGUCCCAUCGACCAGAUUCAAUAUAUACUGCGUGGCUCUGGUCCUGAUGCAUUGAUGCGUCCUGUUCCUUCCCACCCAUACACAUCUGUGGUUGUAUAAUACACACCUACUAUACCUAGGAACAAACUCCAACACAAUCUUUGUCUGUGCUAGCCUAAACACCAAGUCUACUACAUAGGCGCCUUCGUCUCUUACACCAACUUGCGUUUUACACCACCUAUUGCCCACCAUGGCUCACAUAGCCAACUGCUUGGCCAACGGCGAGCUGAAGCCCUCAUCGCCCGUCCCUACAUCCUAUUCUCCUUCUCCGUCAAGAUCUCCAGGCAAUUUACCAUUUUCUGCACGGAUGAUACCAGAACAGCAGCAACAACAAAGAUAUCAGCUCUUCCCAAAGGACAAGAAGCUCCCGCCCAUUAUCCAAGGCCGUCCCUCGGAAACUGAGCAGCAGAUUGCAGCAGCUACCAAGUCGGAAUUGCCUCCUCUCCCAAACAGCAUCAGAGCGAGAUUGAACCCUCACAACCUGGUGCGAAGAAGGAAGAUCAGUGUCCCAGAACUCGGCCCAAUGACCACAGUACAAGAGCUUGCCAUGGAUUCACCAACGAUACCAGGUCGACCUGCCCUCCACGAGAGAUCGAGCAGUGCUCCCGAGGACUCUAACAUGAGCCGAGCUCAUCCAGACCAGCUCUAUGUGGACAGCAUUGACACCCUCUAUCAAGUUGUCGACGAUGCCUUUGGCGUCUCAAAUUUUGGUAGCAACCCUUCAAAUCCUACCAGACGACUUGCACCCUUAGUAAUCCCCCAGUCUACUACGGCUGCGCCUCCUGUACUACAGUCGAAACUCUCCAGCGGUCAACUGCGAACAGGCACUUCGCCUCCCAUGGAAUCACUACGCUCAGCUCGAUUUGAGAGCUCGCCCCUCAACCCUGGACACUAUACACCAGAACUACCACCCAAACUAGGAGCAGACUUCAUCACCACACCAGUCUCGGCCUCCAUCCUUGAUCCACGAGGAGAGUUUGGCCAGCUUUGGGAUCUCCCCGCGCCGCCAACGUCAAGAUCUGAGGACGCCAGCCGGGUGGCAUCACCAUACGGACACGCCCGUGUACCUUCUGAUUCUGGUAGCAUCAUGGACCGGGGCCGCCCUAGAAAGCGCGGAGAGAAAGCCAGCAAUAGCCCUCUUUGGAAAUGCCAAGAUGUAGGCGAAUCUUUCAAUGUGGAGCGAAAGGCGUUUGAGGAACUGCCCAAGGGUACCACAGCGGCAACCGCCCCGGAGAAGCUCUCGCGAAAGGACUUGGCUGCAUUGAAGAAGCAAGCCACAUGCCAAGCUGAGAAGUUUGAAGUUCUUAAACUAAGCGACGUCGAGAUGCUUUCCAAGGAACUACGACAAUUAGAUGAUAGAACUGCCUAUCUUCGCCGCACAUACAUGUCGCUUAGAUCUGGACGCCGCAAUCUCCAUUCUCGCAUCUGCCAGUAUCUCAGGUCUACCAGUGCGCAGCGCUUCAGCCAGGAAGCCAUGCUUAGGCAAGAAGAGGCUCUUGGCGAGCUAGACGCCUCUAUUGAUGAGUGGUUCAACAAGCUUGAGCAGGCCGAGAACCGCAGGAUGCGUGUACGCCAAAAGCUUCUGGAGCAUGUUGCCGCCGCCACACUUUUGCUGGAUGAGACCACAGAUGGAGCCUGCUGCAUGCAUGCCUCUCGGCCGCAGGAUCUCAACACUCCACCCCGGAGCCCUGAACGCCACGGCAAUGAAUCACCCUGCUCGGAGCCCCAGACAGGCAGGGGGAGCCCUGAAAGCGACAACUUGCAGUCCCGAUCUGGAAACAACACGCCGCCCCCUACAGCGGUUGUUGUCCCGCGGGUUCCCAGUACCAUCCUUGAGCUGUGUGCCGACGAGCCUAAUGCCAUUGCCAUUGCCAAGGAAGUCAUGUCACCUACAAGUGUCUACUCCAACGACCGGAGGAGCGAGACCGAAAGCAUCCGCAUUUAUGCUGGCAACGAUUUACUUGCCCUUCUGACAGAUGUGGAGAAUGAAAUUACCAGACUCAGCCGCAGCGCGGACAAUACGAAGCCAGUGCUCCGCUCCGACUCAGUCAUUGCACGGUACGCCAGAGGCAUCACAAAGGCAAAUGCUAUGCUUAGCGGUGAGGCCCUUUCCAGCGCCAAUGUACCUUCACUGCGCACUAGCGGCAUUAAGAAGGAUGGAGAUGGCGACGUUACAAGUGCCACAUCUACUCUCCCGGCACAACCCGAGCAGAUUGUCGAGGAAGACGAAGACGACGCAGCGGAUGAGCAUAAGCCAGAAGCGGCAGAAGAGCAGCAUCAGGAGGAGCCUGAGAAGCAAGAGGAGCCUGAGAAGCAGGAGGAGCCUGAGAAGCUGGAGGGGCCUCUGCAGCAGCAGCAGCCAGAGGAAGAGGAGGAAGAGGAGCUAAUUUUUCUUACAGAUGCCGUUUACAAGCCGUAAACUGGUACUCUAUGCAUAAUGUUUAUUGACCUACACUGCUUUUUUCACGAGGCGUAUCGGCGAAUAUGCGGGCGCACGGACGGCGGAUGACAUUUAUUGAUACCCCCCAAUUUUUCUUUCAUAAUUUCAUAUUAAUUGACCACCUACCUGGAUGGCAAAGCACAAGACCAAUAAUUUAAUCUAUCUUGCAAAAAACAAAAAAAAAAAAAAAAAAAAGAAACCCAACCUUGCGUGAAUGCACUGUGAAAACUGGGGACCAGCAUUUGUAAAGAAGGGCAGCACCGUUUCCUGAGACUGUCGAGCCAAACAAAUACCAGACAAUGCCCGGCCUAAUCUGGCGCAACCUGAAACUCGCACAUAUACCGCCACUUGACAUGCGGGGAGCGUUUGACACACGCCGUAUCGCAUCGGGCCUGACUGACCUUGAGGGAGUAAAAGAAAAAACAGAAGGCCGCUGGGAAACUUUUUAGUUUCACCCUCCUCCUCCUUCUGUAGAUUAGCGGGCGGGCGGUUGUCCGCUAUUCCAUCGCAUCACACGUUGUUCAAUGCGCCCAGCCAUGGCGAAAUGUUCUAGAAACGCCAUCCACUAUAGCGCACCUAUAGCACAGCUAAAAGCCGAGCUGUACUGUUAUGCAUGACGUCCGGCUUGGCACGAACUACUUGUGUAGGGCACAUGUUUGCGCGACUGGCCAGCGUUUGCGGCCGCGGAUAAAGCAUAAUCAGAACGAAGGAAGGCCGAGUUAACGGCGGGCGAUUAUAACGUAGAGUAGGUAAAGUAACGCAGAGUGAUAAUGUAGGGCCUUGCAAAGAAGAGCCGGCGCACGGACGUAGUUUUGCUAGAUGCAGACAAGGAAGGUGUCGAUCGCAAGUGUUGCUUGGACCUCUUGUUAUAGAAAUUGUCACAGGGGUGAGGAAGAUCGGUGUGCUAGAUGCUCAAAGUAUAUGGGAAAAGAAAGGAAACCGUUAG